AUGUCAUCAACAUCGUCAAAUGAUGCGCAAGUCAUCGAAUUGUUAAAACAUAUCUCGGAUUACAUUAGUCGUUACUUUUCAAUGUUCAUUUUUCUCAUCGGUACAAUUGGAAAUACUCUGAAUGUUUUCAUUCUUUCUCAACGAUCACUUCGUCAAAUUCCAUGUAUUUUUUUCUUUUUUGCUUCAUCAAUCGCUAGUCUAAUCUCGAUCGAUUUUGGUCUCAUAACUCGAGUACUAUCUGGAUGGGCAGUCGAUCCAACGUAUACAAUCGGAUGGUUCUGUAAAGUACGUACCUUCAUUGUAUUCUCAUCUCGAGCAAUGGUAUUUUGGUUUUUUGUCUUGGCUACUAUCGACAGAUGGUUAUCGUCAUCUGUACAAAUUCAUCAUCGUCAAUUGAGCACAUUAAAAAAUGCUCGACGAGCAACAGCAGUCGUUAUACUCAUAACAAUGAUUGUUUAUGGUGAAUUACUCUAUUGCUAUGAUGCCAAUUUAAUUGAUGCUCCAUUCAAAUGUUAUGCUAAAACACAUGCAUGUCAAUUGUUAGCUGAUAUGACAUUUGUAUGUUUUACAACAAUUGUACCGAUAUUGAUUAUGUUCAUAUUUGGUUUGUUAACAAUCUCGAAUAUUCGUCAAAGUCAACGACGAAUAUUACAAAUGACUAGUAUUGCAAUAAAUCCGACAAUAUCAGCAACGAAUCAUGAAUUUCAACAACGAUCAAAGAAAAACGAACAGCAUCUUCUUCUGAUGGUUUUUGUGCAAGUCUUUGUUCUGGCUAUACUCACUCUUCCACAAGCUAUUCAAAGAUUAUACGCAGCAUUUAUUGGAUCAUAUAAUUCUCAAUUACAAGCAACUAUUGAUAUGUUUGUCUAUAAUUUCGUUCUUUUACUCACUUAUUUAGCUAGUGCAACACCUUUCUAUAUUUAUACAUUAACUGGUGGAACUUUGUUUCGAAAGGCGUCACUAGAAUUCAUGCAAUCCAUUUAUCGAGCGAUUCGACGUCGAUGUUGA